AAAGUUUUCUUAUUAUCUGUUUUUAACUUCGAAAAAUUUGUAAAAAUAUGAACAGUUGCAUUUUCGCUUAACAUAAAAAGUAGGCGUGGCAAAUUACAUAAUUUUAAAGUGUAUAAGUAAAUAACCGAAAAAUAACAAAUGUGGAUAAAGCGGAUUUCCAAUCGAUUCUUAAACGUUUUUCAAUUGGUGAUUCUGUGCUGCUUUAUAUUUGUGUUCGCCUUUUAUCGGAGGACAGAAGAAAGCAUAGAAAAGGAACCCCUGAUUUCGAUCGGUGAAGAUGGUUUCUUUGUCAAUACCUCGGGAUGUCGAAUAAGUUCGAUGAAGCCGCUUUCGGAUUUUGCUCUGUCCUUCAUGGAACCCUUUGAACCCAUUAUUUGCCCAAUGGUGCAGCUGAUGAUCGCCGAGACCAUUGAGGGCCGAAAUUACCUGGUGCGAAAUAUUUCAAAGUCUGGACUUCUGUCGUGCUGUCGUGUUCGGCUCUUGAGGCAAGUCACCUGCAUUUAUCGGGAGUUCUUCAGGGUUGACGACUCAAAUAAUAAGUACAUCUCCUUGGAGUAUUUCCUGCUAGACAGCCGAUCAAGAUACCUUGAGGUGGGAACGGGUCAGCAAAAUAUCCGUAUCUGGUGCUGGGUGGACUUUGCCAGGAUAAUUUUCCAUGAUGUCCUGUAUUUUCUACCGCCUCCCAAAAAUGCUUCUAAGGCAUCUUCGCUGCAGGAACGACUUUCGGUGAUGAUCCUUGGAGUCGAUUCCAUUUCCCACAUGCAUUAUCUGCGAUACUUUCACCGGGUGGCCGACUUCAUUGAGCACUUACCCCACACCGAGUUCUGGGGCUAUAAUCGAAUUGGGCUGAACACCUAUCCCAAUCUAAUGCCGCUGCUAAGUGGCCUUUCGGUUUCGGAGAUAGAGCAAUCCUGCUACGACGGCAGACCCAAUUUCGACGACUGUCACUUUUUGUGGGACGACUUCAAGAAAGCGGGAUACACCACGGUCUACGGAGAGGACACCGAUAUAUUCGGAUUAUUUAUCUACCGGAAGAGGGGUUUUAGCAAGCAGCCCACCGACAUCUACAUGCGUCCAGUGAUGCCGGAGAUCGAAUCACAUACUAUGUACCGCACAAAGUUGGAUCUCAAGUGCACCGGCAACCGUCUCUACGGAGAAGUGUUCUACCAAUUCAUCUUGAAUCUGAUUCCGUACAUGCAGCACGUUCCGCUUUUCUCAUUCUUUUGGAAUAUGCACGGCGUCCACGACUACUUUCCCUUUGCCAAGCUGGUGGACAAGGACUACUUGAAUAUAUUGAGGGAGUUGUACGAAAAGGGAGUGAUGGAGCACACUCUGAUACUGUUCAUGGGAGAUCACGGCUUGCGGUUCGAUAAGUUUGCCCGCAGUGCACCAGGACGAAGGGAGAUGUCACAGCCACUCUUGAUCGCCAUAUAUCCGGAAUGGUUGAAAAGGAGAUUUCCCCUGGCCAUGUCGAAUUUCCAGGAGAACGCUCGAAGUCUGAUCACGACAUUCGAUCUGCACGAAACGCUCAAAGAUGUAAUCCAUCUAGAUCGGUUAGGUGAUGACAAUGUGGAGAUCAGAACUCGGUGUUUGAACAACAGUCGUGGCAUCAGCCUGUUUCUACCCAUUCCCGAUCGCAGAACUUGUCAGAGUGCUGAAAUACCGAGUCAUUACUGCCUCUGCAACGAACUGACCGCCGUUUCCACUUACAACAGUGCCGUUCAAGAAGCUGCCCGCUUCGCAGUGGCCAGGAUUAAUGAGCUGAUCGAGCCCUAUCCUCAGUGCCAAAAACUGCAACUAAAGAAAGUUCGGACUGCUUAUGGAUCCAGAGAUGAAUCUAAAGGUCGACACGAACUUUCGCAGAUUAUGGUCCGCCUGAUGACGGUUCCUGGAAGUGGUAACUUCGAUGCCACCAUUCUUGUAACGGAGAUCGGCGAGAAGGGGACUCUGAAACUGGGAGGUCCAAUCACCAGGACAGACAAGUAUGGCCAUCAGUCCUACUGCGUUCAAAACUACCGCAUAGAAAUGUAUUGUUAUUGCUUGUAAUUUUUUUUAAUGAUUUACUCUACUUGAAUCCCUUUGGUGAGAAAUCCUAUUUUUUUCCCAUUUUACCACUGCUUGUUUUUCAGAGUGUACCUAAUUACAAUGAUUUAUGAUACCAUGAAUGUUUUCUCCGAAAUAUA